UCAAAGCAAAGUAGUACAUCACGUGACCGGAUGUAAUGUCAAGAAAGCAAGGCAAGAGAAGCAAGAGUCUAACGAAACAACUGCCAGCGAAGAAAACUAAACAUGACAACAUUAAACUUGCCUCAUGUCUCACUGAUGAUGCAUGGCACACAAAGCUGCAAACGGAAUUUUCUCAACCGUAUUUUGCUGAAAUCGAGCAGUUUUUAGCAGCUGAAUAUGCAAAAGGAAAGGAGAUCUUUCCUCCACAAGAUCAAAUUUUCAAUGCACUAAAUUUGACGUCAUUCGAUAAGGUCAAAGUGGUAAUUCUGGGUCAAGACCCAUAUCACGACAAUGGGCAGGCUCAUGGCUUGUCAUUUUCAGUUCCUCGUGGAAUUAAACCUCCACCAUCAUUGAAGAACAUCUACAAAGAACUGGAAAAAGACAUCAAUGGUUUUGUAGCUCCAGAUCAUGGCUGCUUGGAGAAAUGGGCACAGAAGGGUGUUUUGUUGCUGAAUGCUACUCUAACAGUCGAGGCUCACAAAGCAAACUCUCACGCCAAGAUUGGCUGGCAAAUAUUUACCGAUGCCAUCAUACGAAUCAUAAACGAAAACUGCACAGGCAUUGUAUUCAUUCUCUGGGGCAACUUCGCUCAGAAGAAGGGCAAAAUAAUAGACACUACCAAACAUAAAGUCAUCAACACUGCACAUCCAUCACCACUCUCCCAAACCAAAUUCUUUAACUGCAAGUGCUUUUCAGCGGCCAACGAUGCACUGAAAACAUUUGGCAAAACACCGGUUGACUGGAAAUUAUCAUAGUACUCAACACUUUUCAAUAUUUGCUGUCUUAGCUGUUUAGCUGCUGCCUCAGUUCGGAUACGUUUGUUGUUGGUAGUGAACAUGUGAAGUCUUUGCAGACGUAGGCUGUAGCUUUGCUAUUCAAUGGUUUGAGUGGUUUAAGGGAUUGUAGUUGGCUUUUAAGGUAGGAGUCAGGACUGUUGUCUUGGUGGACAAUUAAGAUUUUAUUUGGAAGGAACAUGGAGUGGACACACUCGA